AUGAAUACAAGUUUAAUUGCACGAUUUUAAAACAGCGCUGUUGUUUAUUAUGCAUAGAGAGGAUGGUAUUGGACUAAUAGAGUAGGAAAAUUGAAUAUUUUAACAGCUGCAGCCAUUUGGUAUAUAUUUGCAGAAAGGUAAUGAUGAAAAAGAUAGAAUUUUAGUUCAAUUGCAGGAAAAUAAAGACCAACUUUUUAUAGACAUAAUUGGAUAUAAAAUCCAAAGCCUUCACGUGUGAUCUUUGAGGAUAGAUCAUGA